AUGGCCCGGCGCAAGCGCAAGGCAAGUCGGAGCACAGAGGACACGGCGAGCCACAAGGCUGUGGAGGACACGUCGUCACGCCCCUCCAAGCGGCACAGGCUGCUCGGCGGGCAGGAUGAUGGCCAGGAUGGCUCGCCGACAGAGCGGCGGCAGGGGGCGGGCGGGCGGCUCGGGGCGGGCGGCUGGGUUGUGGCUUCGGACGAUGACGAGAAGGAGGCCGCGCCUGCAUUUGCAUCGACAGCACGCCGCGGGAAGAACGGGGGAAAAAAGGCUCGCUCGCGUGAGAAGGUCGGCCCGCUCAAGCCGACGCGCAACGAGCUGCGAGCCAUGCGGCGCCAGUUUGACGACAAGGUAGCCGAGUACGAGCGCGGGCUGCGGCCGUCGAAAAAGGAGAUCAAGAGCGUGCAGGACGUGAAACAGCGUAUGGAGCUGCGGACCGGGGAGAAGAACCGUCGCAAGGCCGCCGAGGACGCUGCCGCCGCCGAGCUCCUGCUCCACACCCAAGAGUCGGGAUACCUCGAGGCCGAGGGCAUGGAGAAGACGUACAAGUUCAAGCAGGCUGACAUUGCCGGCGCUGUCGACCUCCAGUCGGCCGCCAAGCACUUUGACCUCGCCCUCGAGUACGGCUCGUACUCGAUUGACUACUCGCGCAACGGCAAGCACCUGCUCCUCGGCGGGCGGCGCGGACAUCUGGCGCUCAUGGACUGGUCGCGGGCCUCGCUCCUCUUUGAGAUGUUUGUGGAGGAGUCGAUCUACGAUGUCAAGAUCCUGCACAAUCACAUGUUCCUCGGCGUGGCGCAAAAGUCCAACCUCUUCAUCUACGACCACACCGGGCUCGAGCUCCACUGCCUUCGCGACCACCCGGGCGCGCGCCACCUCGAGUUCCUCCCCUACCACUUCCUGCUUGCCUCUGUUGGCGAGACCGGAAGGCUCCGCUACGUCGACAUUUCCACCGGUGAGGUCAUUGCCAACCACCGCGUGAAGAACGGCGCUGCGCGCGCCCUCACCGCCAACCCGCACAACGCCGUCAUGGCUGUCGGCACCGCCGCGGGCAUUGUCUCACACUGGGUGCCCAACACCGGCCUGCCUGUUGUCAAGAUGGUUACCCAUGCAGGGCCCGUCACCGGCAUCGCCUUCUCCUCUGACGGAAACGUGAUGGCGACCACCGGCAUGGACCGCACCGUCCGCGUGUGGGACAUGCGCAUGUACAAGGAGCUGCACACCCCGUACACCCUCAAGCGCCCCGCGUCGGCCAUCGACAUCUCGCAGCGUGGCAUGCUUGCCAUCGGCUUUGGCACCCACGUCGAUGUGUGGAAGGACGCGCUCCGCACCCGCGCCCAGCGGCCGUACCUCUCCUACGGCACCCGCGGCGCCGCUGUCUCGGACCUCGCCUUUGUCCCCUACGAAGACGUGCUUGGCCUCGGCUCGGCAAAGGGCGUGACGUCGCUCCUUGUGCCGGGCGCCGGCGAGCCCAACUUUGACUCGUACGUGGCAAACCCGUACGAGACGACCAAGCAGCGCCAGGAGGGCGAGGUCAAGCGCCUGCUCGACAAGAUCCCGGCCGACAUGAUCACCCUCGACAACUCGGUCAUCGGCGCUCUCGACGCCAACGCCGAAAACAAUGCUAUGGACAUCCUCCGCGAAAAGCACGAGUCCAUCCACGGCAAGGGUACGUGGAAGCCGCGUAACAAGGCCCGCGGCAAGAACAAGUCUUAUCGCAAGCUCCUCCGCAAGAAGGGCAACAUCCGCUCGCGCAAGAUGCUCCGAGUCAAGGCCUACCUCGAUGCCAAGAAGCGCGCCGCAGAAGAGCUCGACGCCAAGGGUGCCGGCGGCCAAGCCCCUCCGCCGGCUUCUCGCUCCUCCAUGUUCUCCCGCUUCAAAAAGUAGCCGCACCAGUUUCAUGCUCUUGCACUGCGCGUCUGACAUCAAAUUUGAGCCCGCCCUUGCCCACCUCCUACGCAGCUGCCGCUACCACCACCAUUAUCC